AUGGUUAUUUACUUUCGCAAGGUGGAAAAGUUCGUGUCGGAAACGAAGUACUUUCUCGAUGAGUUCGAUUCCAUCAUUAGCCACUGGGACCUGUCGGGAAAUUUCUUCCUACACUAUCUGAUCGAAAUUCACGAGAACGUGACACAGCUGCUUGCCCGGUUUACUACACUUUCGCUCGAAGGUGUCGGGGAUCGGAAGAGCAAACCCUUCUUCAAUCUUAAAUGUUGUGGUCUCGAAUUUCAAACAGUCAAAGAUCUUAGACUACACCAUCACUCCUGCCGACACAAGAAAUCGCAUUUUGAAGAAACGGACAAUUGCGAGCUUAAAUCUGCGCUACUCAAAUUGGCAUUUUUCAAUCGGAGGGUAAACGAAUACGUUCAGUACGGUACAGUGGCUGACCGAUAUCUAUGUCUGUACUUGAAAAAGAUCCUCAAAAAGAUCAUCAUCACGCUGGACACAUUCAACCUAUAGAGAGUGCA